AUGGAGGCUGACACACGCACCACAUGGGAACAGAAGCUGGGAACUUCAACGAAUUUCAUACCUCUGCAGGAGUUAGUCAACUUCCUGGAGUCAACAGCAAGAGGCAUGACUCCAGAUGAUCAACAAGAAUCAACGAUUCCUCAAAGGCCUAAAGAAAAACCUCACCGUGGAAAAUCACCGCCUCAAUCACGUGCUUAUCAUGCCGCCGAAGCAACAAGUCAACGCGAGGAGCCUCAACACAUUAAGCCUGCUGAUUGCUGUGCGUACUGCAACACCAAGCAUUUCAUUGGAAAGUGUCCAUCAUUUCUCAGCCUCUCAGCGCAGAAAAAACUAGAGCAUCUGUCAACAACACGACUAUGCUACAACUGCUUCGGUACACACCUGGUGACGAGAUGCAAGUGCACUAAAUCUUGCAUGAAAUGUCAACACAGGCACCACACGCUGUUGCACAUGGACCCAACAGACAGAGAGAGACCAACGACAUCGACAAUCAACAGCGGUCCAGAGCAACCAUCAACGAGUGCGGAAUCAGGUCGUCCAACAUCAACUCAGUCAACUAGAUCCAACGAGAAAUCAACAGCUUCAACGACUAGCCAGGGGAUUUACGCCCCCCUGAGUCAAGUCGAAGAAUCUACUCAAAGGAAGUCGGUCAACGCAGAGGACGCUAAGUUCUCCCACAAAUCAACGGAUCAACGACUAGUGCUCUUGGCUACGGCAAAAGCCAGGGCAUUCUCCAAAAAGCUUUCAUUUAUUUCGGAAAGCCUGGUGCAUCAACUUCAACUACAACGACGACAUUCAACGAUUGAACUCACCGGAAUUGGUGGAAAACACGCAUGUUCAACGAGAGGGAUUGUGGCAAUCACGCUCCAAUCAACGAAACAGCCAUUUCAACAAGUUGAGAUCAACGCCCACAUCCUGCAAAAGCUAACCUCACGGUUACCAACGUUCUCAUGCUCAUCUGCAUCAAUCGGAUCACUGCAGCAGCUUCAACUGGCAGAUGAGAACUAUUCAACACCUGGACCUAUCAACAUAAUUAUCGGAGCUGACAACUACGGGAAAAUCAUCGGCAACGGGAUUGAAAAAUCCAACGAUGAUCAAUUGGUUGGCCAACUAACAACAUUCGGAUGGAUCUUAUCCGGUCCAUUAUGCAACACAACGUAUUCAACGAGGACCUCCUUAUCCGCGGCAAGGGGAUCUUCCAACGAACAAUUAACGGAGCUUCUACAAAGAUUCUGGGUCCAGGAAGAACCACCAAUCUCAACAAAUCCAACCAACGAGCUCACACCAGACGAAUUAGAGUGUGAAGAACACUUUCAACGCACUCAUCAACGAGACACUUCUGGGCGCUACAUUGUGCGACUGCCACUUCGCACAUCAACAGCAGCGCUCGGAGAAUCGAGGAAUAAAGCGCUUCGUCAGCUCCAGUCGGUGAAACGAAGACUAAACGCUAAUCCUGACUACAGCAAACUUUACUAUGACUUUAUCAACGAAUACGAAGCACUUGAUCACAUGCGACGUAUACAACAAUCAUCAGAACCAGCAACAAAUUACUACCUGCCACAUCAUGGGGUUCUGAGGGAAGAUUCGCUAACCACGAAGCUUCGAGUAGUCUUCAACGGCUCCAACAAGACAUCAACGGGUAUCUCACUCAACGACAUCCUCCACGCGGGCGGAAAGCUCCAAGUGGAUGCAAUGGAUGUACUCACAUGGUUGAGACGACAUCGACUCGUCUUCGGCACCGACAUCGUUAAGAUGUUUCGACAAAUCAACGUACACCCUGACGAUUGGAAUCUUCAACGCAUUCUUUGGAUAGACGAAAAUCAACAACUUGUGACAUACCAACUAACAACGGUCACAUAUGGACAGAAAUGCUCUCCAUGGCUCUCUUUGAGAGUUUUUCAACAACUCGUCAACGAUGAAGGUCAACGAUUCCCUGCAGCAGUGCUACCGCUAACUAAAGGCCGUUAUGUCGACGACAUUUACGGUGGAGCGGACUCUGAGGGAGAAUUCAAAGAAAUGAUAAUUCAACUUCAACAGAUCUGCCAGGCGGGCGGAUUUCCACUUCAAAAGUGGACCAGUAAUCGCCCAGAGAUACUCCAACAGCUCAACUUGUCAACGGGACCGGCAGGUACAGUGCAAUUCGAGGAAGCAGUCAUCAAAACGCUCGGAUUGUGCUGGCAUCCAGCAACAGAUUUAUUUCAAUAUAAAUCUAGAACAUUCAACUCAACGAGCUUCACCAAGAGGGUACUGCUAUCGGAAAUAGCUCAAAUUUUCGAUCCUCUUGGAUUCAUCGCACCAGUCAUUGUUCGAGGAAAAAUACUCAUCCAAGAGCUAUGGCUGCUCAAACUCGCUUGGGAUGAUCAACUUCCACUCGACUAUGUUCGAAGGUGGAAAGAGUUCAGGGAGGAACUCACGCAACUAAAUCAACUGUCCAUCCCAAGAUGGCUAAAUCUAUCUCCAACGACUACCAACGUACAAAUACAUGGAUUUGCCGACGCAUCAACAGCUGCCAUGGGAGCAGUCGUUUAUCUACGAGUUCAACGAGACAACGAAAAACCAACAAUCAGCUUGGUGUGUGCAAAAACAAGAGUUGCACCACUGAAAAAGCUGACGAUUCCACGCCUGGAGCUAACCGCGGCCCUUCUGCUAACAAAAAUUGUCAGCUGGGCACAACGCACAUUGGAAAUCAACGGAGAGACAUACCUUUGGUCUGAUUCUUCAGUAGCUUUGGCAUGGAUCAACAGCCAUCCAUCGAGAUCGAAGGAAUUCGUUCACAAUAGAGUAACGAAAAUCCAGGAAGAGUUACCAACAGCCGUAUGGAGACAUGUUGGUGGGAUUUACAACCCUGCUGACUGCGCUUCACGUGGCAUUUCACCGAGUCAACUCAACGAACAUCACCUUUGGUGGAAAGGGCCUGACUGGCUAGCAAAACCGCCGUCAGACUGGCCACAAAAUACAACCAGUGCUCCAACGGAAGUCUCUCUUGAAGAGAGACCAGCAACAGCUCACCCAGUAGCUGCUGAAGCUAGGCAGCAUCCACUGACAGAGUUCCUCAACAGAUAUUCUACUUUAUCAAAAGUAUUACAAGUCACCGCAACGAUGAAUCGAGCCAUCCAACGACUUCGACGACAACCAACGCCCGAAUCAUCAGUAUUAACAACGAUAGAACUCAACGAAGCGAGGACAUUCUGGGUUAAGGUAACACAACACCAAUACUUUGAAUCUGUGUUUCAGAACUUGAACAGAGAUAUUCAACUACCUCGCCAACAUCCACUGGCCAAGCUCACCCCGAGAAUUGAUGAUCAAGGAAUUCUCAGGCUUGGUGGACGACUAAAGAACUCAUUACUUGAUUCAGACGAGACUCAUUCAAUUAUCUUACCACGACAAUCUCGCCUGACAACGCUCAUCAUCAACGAAGCUCACCAGAAAACACUCCACGGAGGAGUUCAACUCACCAUGGCUCAUAUCAGACAACGAUACUGGAUCGUUGGUGGCAGAAAGUCAGUGCACGCAUCAAUUCUGCGCUGUGCUAUCUGCACCAGAUUCAGGGCAACACGAGCCCAACAGUUAAUGGGUCAACUGCCAACAGCUAGAGCAACGCCUUCAAGACCAUUCCUGCAUACUGGAGUGGACUAUGCAGGGCCACUUCCAAUCCUGAAGUGGAGACCAACGAACGCGCAACCAUCAACGGUUCAUAUAGCGGUUUUUGUGUGUUUCACAACCUCAGCUGUUCACCUUGAACUGGUCAACAGACAAACAACGGAUGCAUUCAUCGCAGCAUAUAAACAAUUCACUGGAAGGCGAGGCAUUCCAGCUAUCAUGUAUAGUGACAAUGCAACGACAUUCGAAGGAGCAGCCAACGAACUCAACAGACUAUACAUCCAAGAAUCUCCAGAUAACCAACAAAUUAGAGCUGCUCUUGCUUCCAACGGAACCCAGUGGAAAUUCAUCCCACCAAAUGCUCCUCACUUCGGAGGCAAGUGGGAGGCCGCUGUAAAAUCAACAAAGUAUCAUCUACGACGAGUAUUGGGAACAACAAUGUUAACAUACGAAGAGCUCAACACGAUCCUGAUACAAAUCGAGGCCUGUCUCAACUCAAGGCCUAUUGUUCCGAUGAGAGAUGACCCAGAUGACCUUCAGGCUCUUACACCAGGGAAUUUCCUCAUCGGAGAACCUCUUCAACUACUCCCGGAGCCAUCUCAACUCAACACAAAUAUCAACAAAAUCACACGAUGGAAUCUGGUGACCCAGAAAAUACAACAAUUCUGGUCGAGAUGGUCCAGGGAGUGUCUUCAACGUUACCACUCCAUCUACAAGUGGAAUCAACAGCAACGCAACAUCAAGGUGGGAGAUAUGGUCCUGAUGAUCAAUGAUGAUCUCCCUCUAGCACGUUGGCCACUGGCGCGAGUCAUUGCGAUAAGGCCAGGGGCUGAUGGACUAGUGAGAGUCGCAGAACUGCUCACAGCAACACCAGAAGUCCCAACGAAUCCAGAUGGAUCACCAUCGACACAGAACAUUCGGGUUCAACGACAUCAAUACACCAGACCGAUAGCAAAACUUUGCUUGCUACCAACGGACCCAACACCAGCAGACCAACAAGAUGACAACUAG